GGUACUUACUCAGCAACCUUCACGUGCGAUUGUACUAUAACACUUUCCUUGAUCUUGCUGCCUUUUGUUUCUGAAUCCUUUUCUCUCUUUCCACCGCAUGGAUUGAAGCGAAUGCCAUAUUCGUCAUUCAUCUUUCCUCUAUCACUUCUUAUCAUUACAUUGUACCGGGCGUUUAUUAGUAUCCCACAAGGACAUAAUACGUGGACAUUUGGUCGGAUUCGGUUGGGUGGCUGCUUUAUUUACGCAUUAUACCGGAGAAUUUCUCUCCAAUGUUUUACGGCUGGGACGGUGUUCGCGGUAAUGGUAAUGGAUACACGAUGGAGGAUCUGUUUAGUCAAGCAUCGUCGGCUCUUUCACGCUUGUCAUGUUUGGGACUUGGUAUGAACAGGUUCGUGAGAGGACACGAAUACAACAACAUAUUAUCAAAUAUACCCAGAACAUCAAAUGGACAUGGCCUAUUAACUCUCCUUGA